CUGUUUUACAGGAAAAAGCACAUUGUAAACAUGGCUGGUCUACGGCUGGUUUGCGCUUUGCUGUUUUGUGCCCUUAUUCCAGUUAAUGGUGAUUUUGUGAUUGAAGGACUCAGAAAAAUUCAGAAGAGAUCUACUGAAAAGCCUGCUGGUGAUAUAGAAGUUUACAGCGUACAGAUCAACAGUAAGGUGACAUCUCGCUUCGCUCAUAAUGUCAUUACAAGCAAAGCUGUCAAUCGAGGAAAUGUAUCAAAAGAAGUCUUCUUCAAUGUUGACCUACCAAAAACUGCCUUCAUUUCAAACUUCAGCAUGAUAAUCGGUGGAGUAACAUAUACUGGUGUAAUUAAAGAAAAAGAAGUUGCGAAGAAGCAAUAUGAAAAGGCUGUUUCAAGAGGACAAACAGCUGGACUUGUCAAGGCGUCUGGGAGGAAGACAGAGAAGUUCACUGUAUCAGUUAAUGUGGCAUCAGAAAGUAAAGUAACCUUUGAAUUGGUCUAUGAGGAAAUGCUAAAACGACAUUUAGGAAAAUAUGAAAUUUUCAUGAAGGUUCAACCAAAAUCACUUGUUAAAAACUAUCAGAUUGACAUAGAGAUAUAUGAACCGCAGGGAAUCAGCUUUCUUGAUGCUAAAGCAUCUUUCAUAACAAACGACUUGCUGCCGGCCAUCGAAAAGUCCUUCUCAGGAAAAAGGGGUCACAUCUCCUUCAAACCCACAUUAGAUCAGCAACGCUCUUGCCCCGACUGUGCAUCAACGUUAAUGGAUGGGGAUUUUAUUGUAACAUAUGAUGUAAACAGAGAAUCCCCAGGAAACAUACAGUUUUGGGAAAAAGUUGUCCAUGUAUAA